AUGAAGUUCGGAAGGAAGAUCAGCAAUGACUUGUACAACGAGUGGAGGCCAUUCUAUAUCAACUACAAUUCGCUGAAGCGCGAGCUGAAGGAUCGAACGACCUCUCGCAACUGGAACGAUGUUGACGAACUCGAGUUUACUGCCAUGCUUGAGAGGGAGCUGGACAAGAUCCAUGACUUCCAGAAAGCGAAGACACAAGAGCUCUCGAGUCGCAUCAAAGACGCGGAGAAAGCGGUAAAGCGCCUUGUCACCUCAGAUUAUGUUAACGGGCACGAGCCAACUGCGAGCGAAGCCACCGAUGCGGAGGCUCAGCAUAGGCACCAUGUCACACAGGAUGCCGGCUCAGACGAUGAUGACCUAGAUGAGGACGACGCAAUGUCCAUAGAUGCUGCAGACGACCAAUUCCUUGCAUUAGAGGAGGAAGUUGCGACUCUCGUCGCGGAUGUUCAUGACCUUGCGUUGUAUACCAAGCUCAACAUCACGGGGUUUAUGAAGAUCUUGAAGAAACAUGAUAAACAAACCGGUCGCCCAUUGAAGCCGACAUUCAUCCAAGAGUAUCUGGAGAAGCGCCCUUUUUACAAGUACAACUGGGACAGCCUCAUAGUCAAGCUCUCGAAACUGUAUGAUCUUGUUCGUACUAGAGGCCAUCCUGUCCAGGGUGACGCUAGUGCUGGGGGAAGCCAGAGCGCGUUUGUGCGGCAGACAACGAAGUAUUGGGUGCAUCCGGAUAAUCUCGUGCACUUGAAACUAGCUAUUUUGCGACAUCUUCCUGUACUAGUAUUCAAUGCCGACAGGGAGUUCGACCCCAAAGAUGCCGCGAUUACCUCCAUUUAUUUUGACAACGAGGAUUUGGAGCUCUAUCUUGGUCGGUUGGAGAAGACCGAAGGUGCGGAAGCUAUACGACUAAGAUGGUACGGAAACACAGACGUCAAAACCAUCUUUGUCGAGCGCAAGACACACCGCGAGGACUGGACCGGCGAAAAGUCUGUGAAGGCGCGAUUCCCAAUUAAAGAACACCUCGUCAACGCCUUCCUGUGUGGGGAGUAUACUAUGGAUGCUGAGUUCGAGCAGCUUGUGGCCAAGGGGAAGAAGAGCCAGCAGGAGGUGGACUCCAUGAUCCAACUCGCAAACGAAGUGCAGUAUUCUAUUCUGACGAAGCAGCUAAGGCCUGUGAUGCGCACUUUCUACAACCGCACGGCCUUCCAACUCCCCGGGGAUGCGCGCGUGCGCAUAUCGCUGGACACAGAGCUCACAAUGAUACGCGAGGACAAUUGGGAUGGCCGUGUUCGCUCCGGGGACAACUGGCGCAGGACGGAUAUCGGUAUUGACCAUCCAUUUGAGCAGGUUGCUGUUGACGACAAGGAGCUGUUCAAGUAUGGCGUACUGGAGGUGAAGCUGCAGACUCAGUAUGGGCAAGAGCCUCCUCAGUGGGUUACGGAACUAGUCUCGUCCCAUCUGGUCGAAGCUGUGCCCAAGUUCAGUAAAUUCAUUCACGGCUGCGCGACCCUUUUACCCAACCGUGUGGAUCUCGUACCCUUCUGGCUUCCACAGAUGGAUACUGACAUCCUGAAGCCCGACACUGGCACCCUCGCGAUCGAGCGUCCGACUGUUACGUCGUCCAGGGGCACUUCGGACAGGCAAGGGUCAUCCGGCAUCGCCACGCCCGAUCAUGCGCACCAGCACUACGCCGAGCCUGUCUCAGAAGGCGAGGAGGAUGAGGAGAUGGACAUGGCGCCAGCUAAAGACGAGGACAAGCGCACGGGCCUCUCCCAGGAUGCGGUCGCCGCUGCAGCUGCAUUCCGCGAGAAGGCGCUGAAGGAGCGACAAGAGGAACCUCAGCGAACCCCCAGCGCCAAGUCUCACGACGCGCAUGCGGAUGAGGAUGCGGGGCAUGACGGAGAUGUGGAGUCAGAAGGUGAAGACGAGGAGGCGGAGGCGGAUGAGCGCACGCCGUUCCUGAAAUCCCGCAGAGCUUCGGGUAAGGUAGGGGUCGCGAACGGCACCGCGUCGCGCGUGUUGUCGAUCGAUCCGCUCGCGCCGUCGUCCGCGUUCGACGAGGAACUGCGCGACCGCCUUCGGCAGGAUGCUGAACGGCAGAAGAAGGAGCACGUGGAAGAGGCCGUCGACGAGGAGGAGGAGGAGGAGGCGGACCAGCAGGAGGGCCCGUCGAGCGCUGCGGCGUGGGGGGACGAACGGGUGCUGGAUCGCAGUUUGCAUGCGCCGCCUGGGAAGCGCAUAGCUGUGCCCGUUCGCAUUGAGCCGAAGGUGUAUUUCGCUGCAGAGCGUACAUUCCUGAAAUGGCUGCACUUUGCAAUCAUCAUCGGCACGAUCGCGACGACGCUACUGAAUUUCAUCCCACCGGACGAUACCGUUGGCCUGAUCAGCGCUGGCCUCUUCACUCUGGUCGCGCUCAUCUCGAUCGCGUAUUCUGCUGUGAUUUUCGUGUAUCGCGCGUACAGGUUGCGGAAGCAUCGCGCCUCAGGCAUGUACUACGACAAGUACGGCCCGACGAUGCUGUCCCUGUUCUUGGUGGCUGCGAUAGCGGCGAAUAUUGGGUUGAGGCUGCGAGAGCUUUGA